UUUAUCGUGAAGCCAAACAUUUUCCUUCUUGCUCUGCAUACGAGACAGAGAAAACAACUAGCACCUGGUCCUGUGCCAACCUUGUAUUAUGUGAUUUCAGUUCUCUCUUUCAUUUUGUCACUUUUUUGCUUCUGCUGCUUUUCCAUUCCUUUCUUCACAUCUGCAACCAAAACAUGCAUUUUUGGUCUUGGUAAUGUAACCACCUUUUGUUUCUUUCACCAUUAUCACUUUUCUUGCUAUGCCAUUCCUUGGACUGGUUUGAUUGACUUGUUACUCUCAAAAUCCUUCCACCACAUGCAUAUCAACCCAUCUUAAAAGGGUAUCUCUAAAGCUUUUCAUCAUUCUGGGUUACUCAAUUAUUCACUCAAAGCUUAUAAAAUCACCUCUUUUCACUUCAACCAAGUCUUGUGAAUUGUAUCUCUCUUUUCAAUCUUCACAUCUUCAACAAAAGAUCUUUCUUCUUUUUUUUAAGAUGCUGUUUUCAGUGAUGAGAAUUCUUUGCUUGCUGCCUUUUCUUCUCACUUUGUAUCUGUCAAAAUCUCUGCUUGUUGGUGGUGAGUUGCAUGAACAAACUUUACUACCUUCCAUCAACCAAACUCUCAGAGUUCCAGGCUGGAAUGCCAGCACCUCAGAUUACUGCUCCUGGAAAGGUGUCAUCUGUGGCAACCUCUCACUGGUGGAGAAGCUCGUUCUCUCUAAUCAGAAUCUUGGAGGCAAUGUAAGUUCAAUUUCCAGCCUCAAAGCUUUGAAGUGGCUUGACCUUUCAAACAAUAACUUUGAAGGGAUGAUUCCAGCUGCUUUUGGAAAUUUAUCCCAUCUUGAAUAUCUUGACUUGUCUUCAAACCAGUUUGAAGGUUCAAUUCCACCACAAUUGGGAGGCCUUAAAAGCCUCAAAUCAUUGAACUUUUCCAAUAACAUGCUGGUGGGAGAGAUACCUAAGGAACUUCAAGGCCUUGAGAGUUUACAGGAUUUUCAAAUUUUCAACAAUCUUCUGAGUGGUUCCAUACCCUCCUGGGUUGGGAACUGGACCAAUCUGAGAGUUUUCGCUGCUUAUGAGAAUCAUUUCAAUGGAAGGAUUCCAGAUGCUCUGGGAUUCAUUUCUGAGCUUAAAACACUGAACCUGCAUUCAAACCAGCUUGAAGGUCCUAUACCAGGAAGCCUCUUUUCUGCAUGGCAGCUAGAAGUUCUGAUCCUCAGUCAGAACAACUUGAGUGGUGAAAUUCCGGAGGAAAUCGGGAACUGUCGAACUCUUCUCAGUGUUCGAAUUGGCAACAACAAUCUACAAGGUAAUAUUCCUAAGAGUGUUGGAAACCUUACUAGCCUUGCUUACUUUGAAGCUGAUGAUAAUAAUCUUUCUGGUGAGUUAGUAUCAGAGUUUUCUCUGUGUUAUAAUCUCACCUUCUUGAACUUGGCUUCAAAUGGAUUUACUGGAACAAUUUCACCAGAAUUUGGAAAGCUUAUGAACCUGCAGGUGCUGAUGCUUUCUGAAAAUCUCCUUUAUGGUGAUAUUCCAGAAUCGAUUCUGCAGAUCAAGAGUCUUACGAUUCUUGACUUAAGCAAUAACAGGUUAAAUGGAACAAUACCAAAUGGAAUCUGUGACAUCGCUCAGUUGCAGAAGCUGCUGUUGGAUCAGAAUUUCAUAAGAGGAGUGAUCCCUCAGGAAAUCGGAAGGUGUAGAGAACUUCUUGAAUUGAAAUUGGGGAGUAACAAUCUGACAGGAACUAUUCCCUCUCAGAUUGGUGACAUGCAAAACUUGGAGAUAGCCUUAAAUUUGAGCUACAACCAUCUUCAAGGACAAUUGCCCCCAGAAUUAGGAAGACUAGUCAAACUUGGUUCUCUGGAUAUUUCCAACAAUAAUCUCUCAGGUAAUAUCCCUGAUACAUUUACCGGGAUGUUGGGCUUGAUUGUCAUUAACAUGUCAAAUAAUCAGCUCACUGGUAAAUUGCCAAAGUCUCCAUCAUUCCUGCAUAAUCCUGCUUCAAGUUAUUUGGGCAACAGAGGGCUUUGCGGUGAGCCAUUGAACAUUACAUGUGAAGAUAUUCCCUAUAAUUACAUAGCUGUGGAAAAAAGUAAUAAAUUUACUUACAAAACCAUAAUAUAUAUACUUGGACCAUUUCUUCUGGCUUUUAUGUUAUUUGCUGUAGUUGCCUUUGUAAACAGAGUGUGUCAAAGGAAAGUAGCAAAUGUUCCUGAGAUAGAAUGUGCUGAAAUCAUUAAGGAACCAUAUAUAAUAUCAGCAAAUGUUUUUGCUGACAAUCUAAGAGAAGAAGUAGACCUUGAAGCGGUUGCUAAAGCAACUCUUGAAGAAUCUAAUAAGCUUAACAGUGGCACUUUCAGUGCACUUUACAAGGCAGUGAUGCCCUCUGGGGUACUCUUACUUGUAAGGAAAAUAAUCCCUAUGGACAUGACAGUAAUGGAGCGCCAGAACAACAUCAUUUCAGAGCUUCAAAGGCUUAGAAAAAUGUCCCAUGAACAUGUAAUGAAACCCGUUGGAUAUGUCAUUUGUAGCGAUGCUGCUCUUCUCAUAUAUCAGUACAUAUCCUGUGGAACAUUGGCUCAACUUCUUCAUGACCCUGCAAUGCAACCUGAAUAUCAGCUGGAUUGGCCUGCUAGGUUCUCUAUUGCAAUGGGAAUAGCAAAAGGUUUGAUUUUCCUUCAUCAGAAGGAAAUCAUCCACCUCGACAUUUCUUCUAGCAAUAUUCUUCUAGAUGCAAAUUAUGGGCCACUGAUUGGGGACAUCGAAAUAUCAAAGUUCUUAGAUGAAACUAAAGGAAGUGAUAGUAUUGUCCCAUAUGCUGGUUCUUUUGGUUACGUUCCACCAGAAUAUGCAUACACAAUGCAAGUGACAAGAGCUGGAAAUAUUUAUAGCUUUGGUGUGAUACUGAUGGAGAUUAUAACUUCGAGAGAAGCAUUUGAUGAGGGUAAUGGAGAAGGUGUAGACUUGGUGAAGUGGGUUAAAGAAGCUGCAGAAAGAGGUGAAACUCCAGAGCAGAUAAUGGAUGCAAAGCUUAGCUCAGUGUGCGAUGAUUGGAAGAAAGAAAUGGUUGAAACUCUGAAAGUGGCCUUGUUCUGCACUCACAUCAGGCCAAAUAACCGACCAAACAUCAACAGCGUUACGGAAAUGCUUCGUGCAAUAAGGAACCAAAUUGAUUUCUGUGUCGAUUGA